AUGGAUUUCCGCCUCCCCCUCUGCAGCGUCCUUAAUUCAGAAGUGGGCCGUCGACACAAGAUUCCGCACCGCACGCUUUCAUUACCCAAAACUAGUCUUUUUGUUCGGUACCUUGAUUCUGACGACACGCGGCUGCCUGUGCACUCGUUGUUAAAUAUUGUGCCGCAGCCCGCUGAAGAUUAUGAAACAUACACUGGUGAGGACGAUUGGGAAAAGAAAGUAGAUGAUGCUGCAGGAGUAGUGGGGGACUGUGGUGGUAUAGACGGUAAUCCACCCCGUUUUGACGAGAUGGUGCAGUGGGUUAUCGAUGCCUUAAAAGAUAUCGAAGGAUGUGGAGGUGCCGCUUCGGACGGUGUUGUGCUCUGCGGGAGAUGGGUAGUAGCAGACGACUGCAGUUGGGUGGUGCCUUCCCGAACCCCAAUACUUCACUCUCCGCGCGAUGUUUUCCUCGCGAUGCGCAAUUCACCAAAAUUUUUGCGUGAUGUCCACCAUCAGAUACUGAGUGGGGACACGUCCUCGGCGGGAAUGGGAUCGACGGUAGAGUUGACACUAGCAAAAGCCGUUGGUAAAAAUCCGGCAAAUGACUUUCGUGUGUUUGUUCCUUAUCGACUUGUCAGGGCGGAGGACACAUUCCGUGUCACAAUAUGGGAGGGGCGUGUUUUUGCUGGCGUUUGCCAACGUUCGACUGACGUGUGCUUCCCAUCGUUAAUGUCGUGGGAUUUGAGAACGCAUUCUGAGAACUAUGAUCACGUAUUGCGCCAUAUUGAAGGAGCGAGGCUACUUGAACGAAGCAUUGAGGCUGAUCCCUACCUGCGCACAUUCCUUUUGCGAAAAGUGGAGGCCAAUGAGGUCGAGGGUGCAGCCAGCCCUUGUUCGGUUCUCCUGCUAUCCGUGGAUGUGGUGUUUGAGGGUGUGUCGCUUCCCCUUUACAUCGUCAGCGCCAAGGUGCGAUGUUUUAAGCACGACAGGCUUCGGGACCCGCUCUGUGUUUCACCAUUUAUUAAGGAGGAGGACAACAACGGUUCUGAGGAAGGGGUAAACGCCGUUGGAGGUGGGGUUGAUGGUGACAGGAGCGAUGGCAUUGACACGAAAGAAAUGCUCGACGAUUCCGUUAUUUUCUUUCGACUUUUUCGCGAUGUCAAUAAUUGGAAUUUUCACGUGACGCUUUGCCUCCACCCUGACGGAGGCGAAGUUUCCGGUGACGUUGACAAAGGCGUCAAUAUUGUGCCCUCCCCUCAGCGAGAUCGGCGCUUCUUCGUUAUUGCCUCCGAGCGGAGCGACUUGGUAUUGACUAAGGAGCCGAUAUUGAAGCGGGGGAUGCCGCUGGAGUUCCUGAGGCCGGAGCUGUUAGGAGACAUUGGUGAGGGACUCCCGCAGGUAUGGAAAGACCGGCUACUCCGUUGUCUAUCUCUCGUACAGCGGUCACAGGAGCUUUAA